AUGCAGUUCACCAAGUCCAUUCUGCUGCUGGCAGCUCUCACCACCGGCACCCUCGCCCGUCCCUUCGAGGGCCACGCCCGCCGCCAGACUCCCACCACCUCCGCGGCCAGCUCCAGCUCCUCGUCCGGAGCCUCCUCCGGCUGGACCAACAUUCCGUCAAGCGGCUCCUACUCGACCAGUGGCUUUGGCGCUGUCACCACAUCUUCCGGUAGCGGCGUGACCUACUCCGGCAACGUCGGCAACCCCUACGGCAGCAACAUCAUCGAAGUCUCCGGCGACCAGGCCAGCAACUACCAAUAUGUCGUGCAGUUCACCGGCUCCAGCACCGCUGACUGGACCGUUGCGAUCUGGAACAAGUACGGCGAGGACGGUUCCAUGGACGGCUGGUACGGCAACGCUGUCAAGACCUUUACCCUCGCCGCCGGCGCCACUAAGUACAUCGCCUUCGACCAGGACUCGCAGGGUGGCUGGGCCGCUGCCGAGGGCUCUACCAUCCCCACCGACUCCAACGGAGGCUAUGCCUCCACCUGGGGUGAGUUCGACUUCGGCUCGUCCGGCAACUCGGGCUGGUCUGGCUUCGACGUUAGUGCCAUCGCUGCCCAGAACGCGGGUCUCCCCGUCCAGGGAAUGAGCCUGUGCGAUGCUCUUAGUUCCACCUGCUCUUCGAUCACUGCUGAUGCGGCCUCUGUCGACAACGCCUACACCACUGCCGAGACUGAUAUCGGUGGUAUCGGGGGCAACCUGUCUGGUGACGCUGUUCGUCUGGCUUGCACCAUCGACUACAGCUCCUAA